AUGCGCCUCCACACGUUCACGCUCGUCGUGUUCACUGCGGUUCUGGCGCACAGCGCGACCUUUUGGAAGACGUCCAACUCGACGAAGACGGAAGGUGCUCCCUCGGCAAGUCUUCGUUCCUCUGACGCGUGCUGCGAUGACGUCCCUGUUGAGCAGGGGCUGGGUCCACACGAGACCACGGCGGGUGAAGAGAGGACGCCAGAGCUACAUAUCUUAUCAAAAAUCAACGAAGAAGUUGCUCAUUUCGUGGAAUUGGUGUAUGCGCAUGAAUGUAAGACCAUGCCCGCGGUCGAACACCUUCCUGUGUACGGGCAGCGAGUAUUCGAUGAGAAUGCUGUCAAGUACUCUAUUCGUUUCAACGUGGGACACAUGACACCAACGAAGUUGCUGGAAAAUGCAAAAUUAUUGACUAUCGGGCUGCGAAUGAUGCCCGAAGAUGGACCAGGACUGAUCGCAAAGGCUCGCCAAUCUUUUCUUGCACACCAGGUGAUAAUAGGAGUGGAGGCUCACCAAUUUCUUGCCUACCAGGCGGAAUUGACAGCAGAUACUCACAAUAAUCUUCUUGGACGCCAGGCGGAGUUGACAGCAAAGGCUGAUCAAUUUUUUCUUGCACACCAGGCGAAAACGACAGCAGAGGCUGGCCAAUUAUUUCUUGCACACCAGGCAAAAAUGACAGAAGAGGCUUACAAAUUUGUUCUUGCACACGAGGCGAAAAUGACGGCAGAGGCUCGCCAAUAUUUUCUUGCAUACCAGGCGGAAAUGACAGCAGAUGCUCGCCAAUAUUUUCUUGUAGACCUGGCAGAAAUGACAGCAAAGGCUGACCAAAUUUAUCUUGCACAGCAGGCGGAAUUGGGAGAAGAGGCGAUACUGCGAUAUGAGAUGGAUCCCAGUGCGUAUUUCAACAUCAUGUUCCAGAAAGCCAAGGCUGAUGCAUUAAAGCGGGCGGACGGACGCAAUAGAAGCCCUAUUACAUCCUUGGACCUUGGCAGUCUUGACAAGUACAUGCAGAAAUACAACACGAUCCACGGCUGCGACCUUACGUUGCGAAAAGUGAUGUCUAGAUGCAUUUGUGACGAUGCCGAAUUUGCAUCUAUCCUGUCGAUUAUGAGUCUCAACCAAAAAAACAAAAAAUAUGUGGCGACCGUGCGACUGGAGCCUAUUUUUGCGGACUCAAAGACCGUCGGAGAGGCUGCUGUCAAGCUAGGGAUACCACCAGGAACGACGGAAGUCUUAGACAACAAAAAUGUGGACUUAUUUGUCCGGUUCACCGCUAUCUUCGCCCGAGAACAUGCAGGUCAACAUUCAGUCAUCGUCAAGCAGCUCACGGACAUGUUUGGGGGUCGCCAGGCUGCAUUACUGGUUUAUAAAAUGAACUGGAAGUGGAAAGCUUCAUAUGCGGCAUUGAAGGAAGCGCUGUAUAAGUAUUUGGAGGAGAAAGGUACUACUCUUGAUAUGCUGCGCGACGAGAUCAUGAGGGCGAGAGAGAAAAGAGGUGGAAGCCCUAGAAAAAUAUGGUAA